AUGUUGUUCUACACGCACGCCAACCAAACCUAUCCAUCUCCCUCUACUACUACACAAACUCUCACAAACCCUUUUUCUCUCGCUCUUCCACCGCCCCGAAGCUGCUGUUUCUCUCUUCAUCUUCUCCCCUUCCAAUUUCCCGAUCGCCGGAGCAAUUCUCCUCUUUCAUUUCUCCGAUCAGGUACGAUCCAUUCCCUCCUUCCAUUCUCUCGACUCCGAUUCACGAGCUCCGUAUUGUUUGCAUCUCUCUCUGGCUCGGAGCAGUCAUGGUGUCUGCCUGUCAUCGUCACCGAGUGCAUCACUUUCCUGCUCCCUUUUCUAACUCUCUUCUCUUUCUCUCUCUGUUUUUCCCGUGCUUGUUUGAUCGUUCCUUCAGCUCCAUGGAUAUAUGCUUACUGUUAAUGUGAUUUUGAUUUUCCCCUUUUCAUCUACGCUUCUGGUUUUUCCUUGGUGGCGAUGAAAGUGAUUGAUUGGGCUGCUCGUGGCCUAGGGUUUAUUGGUCGAUAGUCAAUUCGGUUGUCCUUUUCCUAGUUGAUAUUCCUUCCAUUUUUCAUUUGAGCAUAUUCUGUUUGCUGAAGUUAAUAGAGGGUUAUUAUUGUUUGGCAGGAGCUGCUGCGCCGGCAUGAGACUUGAGGCAGAAGAAGAGCUUUGACAUGGUCUUGGAUGGGAACCGGAUAUAAUUAGGGGGAGGACGAGGAAAAUUAAGUAUAUAUCAUGGGAGGCUGCUGCUGCUGUUCCUCCAAGGGAACUGAACUUAAUCCUACUCCCGCCUAUUACUAUUAUCCUAGAGCAUCAGAAGAGCGUGUCCCAUUGUCAGCUCACCAUGUUGCUGCCUCUACGUUCUCUACUGGGCUCCUUGUUGAUACCAACCUGGACACUUCCAUCCCUGAUGCUUAUAGGCCCCCUCCAACACCCAUGCCAUUUGAUGUUGUUAUAGGGCGUCCACAAACUCCUCCCGGAGCUCAAGAAACUUGUAGCGAUAAUAAGAGGGAUGGAACACUCCAAACUGCAAACUCUGAUUCCGUUCAAGAAUCAGCCAGUGCUGGUACUCAAGAUGCAUCUGUUAAGUGUGACGAUGUCAAGGAUUCAGACAAAACUAAAGCAGGCUUAGAAAUUGAACCGGUAGAGGAGUUAGAGGUAGAGAUUACCAAGCCAGUUGAGCCUUUUGUUCCGCCUACAGAGGAGGACUGUUGUCCCACAUGUCUGGAAGAGUACGAUGAUGAAAACCCGAGAAUCAUCACCAAAUGCGAGCAUCAUUUUCACCUGGCGUGCAUUUUCGAGUGGAUGGAAAGAAGUGACACAUGUCCCGUUUGUGAUAAGGAAAUGAUCUUCGAUCCUCCUAAUGAUUAGCAAAGCUGUACAGAAUACUUGGAUAAAGGGCGCGACAAGUUAGAUGUUUUUUCACCCGAGUCUGAGAAUACAAGUGUUGCAAAUGCAUAGAAGUCUGUUUUUGUCUUUUGUUUGUUUAUUGUCCUGUGAUUGCGGCAGAUAUCGGGCUGCAGCUGUUUCUUUCUUUUGCUCUGUGAUCAUUCUCGUCUCAGUGUUGAGCUCAGUAUUGUCUUUCUCAGUCAAUGAUGGAGUAGUUUGAAUAGACGCGAGGAAGGUUGAUUGGUCGAGGGGAAAAUAAGAGAAAUCAGGAUAGCCGCAGACGAAGAGUCUGGUCAUUGUUCAAUGUGCGAAGGCCGCGACCUCUGGUCCAUAAUUUGGUUUGUAGAAUCAUACCAUAAGUAUAGGAUACAGAAUGUCUUCAGCUUUUGCAUGGGUUUGGGUACUUGUGUCGUUAGUUAUUCAGCCACAUUGCUCUUCCAUAUGAUUACUUGCUAGAUUAAUUAUGCCUUGGUGCUCCCUUAUGCAUUCAGAUAGGAGUAGAAGUCAGCAAUUGCUUCUAAACAGAUAAAAAAAAUGGUGGUUCUGUAGAAUGGUACAUAUUGUGCAAUUUAAAGGUAGAGUGUGGUAUUUUUCUUUUCUUUUGCCAUUUUCGCUGUAAAUAAUACGCAUUUUGUGUUCAGGAUUUUAGUAUACAGGUAGCUCUCUGCGCACCAUGAUAGACAUUAUUUGCCUUCAGUUGAAAUUUAGCCUUCUGUUACAUUGGCUUAUUACUCUGUAAAUUCAUUUAACCCCUUGAGACGUUAUUGUUUGUUUUGUCUUUGUGUCAUCUGCUGUUACAUUUUUAACUGGAAAUCUACAGAAAAUAUAGAAUGCAAUCUUCA